UUGCUGUUCCUUGUUUCCCAACAAAUGGCACCAAAGAAACUAGAGCCUCCUCUGGUCUUAACCUGGAAGUAGCCAUUGUUGUACUUGUCCCCCAUCCAUCUUCUCUUCUCCUCUUUUUCUUCACUGCCCCUUUAUUUUGAUAGAGACCCAACAAGGCUAAACGGCGAGGGUUACAAUUUUCGGGUCAAAAAGAUGAUUCCUCAGCAAUGGGCACCGCCCUGUAACAAUCAGUGCACUCAUAAAUACUCAGCUCUCAUGCAAAUUCCUUGGAGAGUCUUUUGCAAAAAAGGAUGUGAUGCCGAUGGAGAGACGUGGGGUGAAUGUUUGUCAGAAUGUGAGGAGAUAUGCUAUAAAAAUCCAGUUCUGAAGGAUCAACAAUGGAGUGCUUACAUUGAUCGAUCCCCUGGUGCCGCCAGCUGCUCUGAGGAAUGCUUUCAUGCUUGUGUAGCUGGCUGUGGAUACAAGUUUGAUGUUCCUUCCCAAAAAGUCGAUCAAAUCCAUCCAAGCAGGCCUCCGCAACCUCCUCCCAAAGAGAAGCUGACCAUAGCUGCUGUGAAAAGAUUACUACCCCGGGACUCCAACCAAACAAUUGAUGACAUACCUGGGACAUCCGCGUAGCAUUAUCAGAUCUAACAAUUUAGGCAAGCUGGAAUACAUUCGUUUUGUUAGGAUCACAAACAUUAGUCUAAAUUUUAUCACAAGUAGUAAUUUAGGCUCUUGCAGUCAUAGACAAGUGUUUGAUAUUAUCAUGAGAAAAACUUAUCUACAACUUGGCUAAAAAUGUAAUCUCAUUACACCAUGCAUCUAAGCAUGUAAGUGCUUAUUGAAAUAUUAUUUUAAUACCAGAACUUUAAGAUUGUUGUUGGUUGUCUA